AUGGCACGCUCAAGUUACGCAUUGGCUGCGGCAGCCGUCCUGUUCGUCCUACCUUUCUGCCACGGUCGAGGCACGAAUGAUCAGGUCAAUAAUCCAAACAUCCCUUAUGGUUCAUUCAACAACCCUUCCACCUAUGUCCGGCCCAAAUGGCGUUACUGGAUUCCUGAUGCGUCCGUUGACCCAGCGGGCGUAGCGAACGACGUUGCCGAGGCCGCCGCCCAAGGAGCUGGCGGUAUGGAGCUGUUUGGGUAUUAUUUAUACGGCGGUACCAAUCCAGCAUAUCCCGCAUAUGUCCCAACGGAUUGGGCGGUGUAUGGAUGGGGCACAGAUGUGUGGAAGACCAACAUCCAGGACACAGCAGUCCAGGCAGUCAAUGCUAACAACAUGAUUAUUGAUUUCGCUCUUGGGGUCGGGUUCGGUGGCGCUGGUGUACCCAGUCAAUACGAUGACGUGAAUCUAGAACGUGACAUUCAACCUUUCUAUGUCAAUGUACCCGUCGGUGGCAGCUUUAACGGCACGCUACCUGGCUGGGGCACCGGUCCAUUGAUCUCUGCAUCCACGGGGCUAGUCAUUUCUGGAGGUGUCGGUAACGCAGCUUCAGUCUUGUCGACGUCCUCGUUGACCGAAGUCACCCAUCAAGUCAACGCGCAAGGCCAGAUUUCCUUGUCCUUUCCCAACGCUACCGGAACACACUACAUCCUGGCUGCCUUUUAUCUGAUCUUCACUCAUCAGCGUGAACAAGUUGGUCCGCUGGACAUCAACUCAAACACUUUCCCCGCCAAGGCUGGCGUGCCACAAUCGCAACCGGCGUCUUUCCGGAACAACGGAUCUAAUGUCUGGGAUCACUUUACCGUCGGAGGUGCGCAGGUUGCCAUCAACUACUGGAACAAGUAUCUCUUCACCGGGACAACUGGGAAGCUUCUAAAGAAAGUCGGCAACUACGUCUGGGAAGAUUCCAUCGAAUUCUUCCCAAGAUAUGCGUGGUGGACUACAGAACUUCCCAAGGUUUUCCAGCAGGAACACGGCUACUCCAUCAACAAGUAUCUUCCAAUCAUCGUCCGAGGACGAGUCGGCUUCGUGAACAGUGUCACGGUUCCACUCUACAGCACAGAUCAAGCUGACGCUGGUUUGAGUCACCUCGAAGACUACAGGCAAACGGUAUUGCAUAUAGUCCAGUAUCCAAUUCAGUGCGGUUACUGA